AUGGUAGUCAAAAACACAAACCAAAUAGAGGAAUCCACUAAUUUCACUUCUGAUUUCAAAGCUGAAGUUAAAGCUUUUGAUGAUUCAAAAGUAGGUGUCAAAGACCUCCAAGACAUACAGAUCAAUCCAACUCUGCGUGCGGAGGUAAUUGACCAAAUAAGAAGUGCUUGCCAUGAGUGGGGAUUUUUUCAAGUGAUUAAUCAUGGAAUUCCCGUCACUGUCUUGGAUGAAAUGAUUGAUGGAAUCCGUAGGUUUCACGAACAAGAUGCUGAUGUAAGAAAAGAGUUUUACACUCGUGAUAUAAAGAAAAAAGUUGUAUAUUACUCCAAUGGAACCUUGUUUAGUGGCCAAGCUGCUAAUUGGAGAGAUACAUUUGGUUUUGCUGUGUCUCCUGAUCCUUUCAAACCAGAAGAUAUACCACCAAUAUGCAGAGAUAUUGUGAUUGAAUAUUCCCAGAAUAUAAGAGAUUUGGGUUUCAAGAUCUUUGAGUUGUUGUCGGAGGCACUAGGACUUGGUCCUUCUUAUCUCAAAGAGUUGAAUUGUGCUGAAGGACUCUUUAUUUUAGGUCAUUACUAUCCUCCAUGUCCUGAACCUGAAUUAACUAUGGGCAGUUCCAAGCACACUGAUAGUGACUUCAUCACAUUACUUCUACAAGACCAACUUGGCGGUCUUCAAGUUCUUCACGAGGAUAAAUGGGUCAAUGUUCCUCCGAUACAUGGAGCUCUUGUUGUAAACAUUGGAGAUCUUCUACAGCUUAUCACAAAUGAUAGGUUUGUUAGUGUUUUUCACCGAGUCUUAUCACAGAACAUAGGCCCAAGAGUUUCUCUUGCAAGCUUCUUUGUGAAUAAUUCUGAACCAAUUCAAGGAGUAUCGAAGAUUUAUGGUCCUAUUAAGGAAUUGCUUUCAGAAGAAAACCCUCCAAUCUACAAAGACACUACUGAAAAAGAUUUCUUGGCACAUUUUAAUGCAAAAGGCCUUGAUGGAACUUCUUCCUUGGAGCCUUUUAAGUUGUGA